GCGGCGCGCCGUGAGUCACCGGAAUCUAGGUGGGGCCCCGGCGCCCCGAGCCGCGUCCUCCGGGAGCCGCCUCCCCGCGGCCUCUUCCCUUUUGUCGCGCUGCCUGCGCUCGCGGGCCACUCUCCGCCGGCGACCGAGCCCCGCGCGCUCCUCUCCUCCGCGCCGCCACCGUCGAGAUGCUGCGCUGCGGCCUGGCCUGCGAGCGCUGCAGGUGGAUUCUGCCCCUGCUGCUGCUCAGCGCCAUCGCCUUCGACAUCAUCGCGCUGGCCGGCCGCGGCUGGCUGCAGUCGAGCGAACACAUCCAGACGUCCUCCCUGUGGUGGCGAUGCUUCCACGAGGGCGGCGGCAGCGGGUCCUACGAGGAUGGCUGCCAGAGCCUCAUGGAGUACGCGUGGGGACGGGCAGCCGCUGCCAUGCUCUUCUGUGGCUUUAUCAUCCUGGUGAUCUGUUUCAUCCUCUCCUUCUUUGCCCUCUGUGGACCCCAGAUGCUUGUCUUUCUGAGAGUGAUUGGAGGCCUCCUGGCCCUGGCUGCUGUCUUCCAGAUCAUCUCCUUGGUAAUUUACCCCGUGAAGUACACCCAGACCUUCGACCUUCAUGCCAACCCUGCCAUCACUUACAUCUAUAAUUGGGCCUAUGGUUUUGGGUGGGCGGCCACGAUUAUCCUGAUCGGCUGUGCCUUCUUCUUCUGUUGCCUUCCCAACUAUGAAGAUGACCUUUUGGGCAAUGCUAAGCCCAGGUACUUCUACACAUCCGCCUAAGGUGGGGAGUGAGCAGAAGAAACUCGAUGCUGCCAAGAUGGAUCCCAGAGCAAGAAACUGUCUUCUUCAGCAUCCUUCGAACCCAUUUAGUGGGCAGUGUGCAUAUCAUUAAAUUAGUCAAUGCUAAAUAACUUGGGAGAAAAUAUUUCUUAAAUGGCGGUACAGUUUCAUAUUCACCUUUUAUGUAUGUUUGUAAACAAAACUUACUUCUUUUAAUUACCUGUAAUAUGCCCGUAUCUCCUUAUUUCUACCCAUACCAUUUAUACUGCAUUUGUAAAAGAAUAUGAAUAUGAAACGUAACCCCUUUAUACGGUAAAAAAUGAGAAGGCUUCAAAGAUUGGUGUGACCUGAUCAGGUUUCUGUUUUUCUCAGGUGGAAUGGACUGGGUCUAUUAAAAGCCAACGAGAAGAGAGCGGUAUUAGUAAAAAUUGUCAGUGACCAACUAUUCUACAAGAAAUACAAAAAAUAUAUAUUUUUCAAGCCUUCACCUAUUUAAAGAAGCAAAAUAGUUUCCUAAAUGCAUACCAUUUGUGAGAAUUUCUAUCAUGAUUUUUCUUUUUUUUUUUUUUUUUGCAAAACUUUGUGUUAACUUGAUAUGGCAUCUAGGAACGUUUUCUUUCAUAGCCAAAGCCUGCUGCCGUAGUCAGGCCUCCUUACGUAGUGAAAUGUUAAGACGAAAUUUUCUCUUUUGAAGUGGCUUGUAGGGUUGGGGUGUGGGAAAGUGCUGAAUUCAUAAAUCUGUACUCUUUUGUGUCUAUAUGUUCGGGAACACAGUAGAUCUGAUUGAAAGCUGGGCUGAGUCUAACUCAUCGCGGCUGACAGGUGUGAUUUGGUUGUUUAUUGAAGCAUCAGGAGGGCUAUUCCUAUCACAAAGUAGCAUGAAGACAGCGUCAGGAGAAGAAAUGGCUUGAAUUCUUCAUCUCAGGUUUGACUGGGCUCUAAUCAUAUAGACACAGCUUCUGAUAGAUGGCAAUUGUAAACAACACCUUAAAUGUAGUUACAAACCUGGUCUUCCUUGGAAAAGAGAUUUAAAAUAUCUGAUAUAGAACAUACAAUGGGAAAAAUCAGGGAUGUGAGGUUUCUCUGAAUGGCAAAUAUAUGAUAUAUCGCGUUGACUAUUAUUUUUUUUACCAUUUGUUCUUACAUAAUGAAAACCAAUUCAUUUUAUAUACCAAAUUAUUAUUUUGUAAGUUGCAGAAUAAACCAUUGCUGUUUUCAUUAUGAAUUUUCCCCAAUAAACCAGGUGUUCUAAUCUUG